AUGGCUACGAAAUUUGGAGAUGAAACGGAGACUAGUACUCCAUUUAGGUUCGUAGUGGCGGAUGUCACCGUCACUCCGUCGUCAGAAAAUGGACAGAAGAGGAAACGGGUUGAGGUUUCGCCGGUUUAUGCGGAAGGGGAAAGUGAAAAGUCGGGGAGUGAGAAAAAGGUAGUGAAGAACAAAAUUUCCGGAAGUCCGAAAUCUGUGGUUUCUGGUGGUGUUUCGGAUGAGCCGAGAUUCAGUAUAAUGUCUGUUUGUGGGAGGAGAAAAGAGAUAGAAGAUGCGGUGGCGAUUAAUCCGUUUUUUAGCCGGAAAACCUAUGGGAAUUCAAACGACUUGCAUUUCUUUGGCGUGUAUGACGGCCACGACUACUUACAUGUUGCCGUGAAAUGCAAUGAUCAAAUGCAUUAGAUAGUGAAAGGGGAG